UCGCCGGGUCCUCGCGGCGGGAGAACCCAACCGACCCUGGCGGCGGGACGCACCGCGGAUCCCAGAAAGGGCGGACGAGCCGGGCGCCGGCGUCAUGGACCUGGUCAUCACGCAGGAACUGGCCCGCGCCGAGAGCCAGCAAGAUGCUGCGUCCUUGAAGAAGGCCUACGAGUUGAUCAAAUCGGCCAACCUAGGGAAAUCGGAGUUUGACCCCUCAGAGAGCUUCAGCCCAGACCUGUUUGUUCUGUGUGCAGAGCAGGCCCUCAAGAUGGGGCAGCCAGAGGUGAGCGAGGACUGCAUCCAAAUGUACUUCAAGGUGAAGGCGCCCAUCACCCAGUUUCUGGGCCGAGCGCACCUGUGCAGGGCCCAGAUGUGUGCCCCAAAGUCGGCAGAAAACCUGGAGGAAUUUGAAAAUUGCGUGACUCAGUACAUGAAGGCCAUAAACUUUGCCAAAGGAGAACCGAGGUAUUACUUUUUGGUGUACAAUGCAUCAGUCCUCUACUGGCAGAUGGUGAGGCCGUUCCUUGAGCCUGGAUAUCGCCACCAUCUGAUCCCCAGCCUUUCCCAAAUUGUAAACGUGCUGAGUCAGACCGAGGAGGAAGACAAGGAGUGGCACGCCGAGCUGAUGCUGGAACUUCUGGAGUGUUAUCUGCAAGCCGGAAGAAAGGAGGAGGCUGCCAGGUUCUGCUCCACUGCAGCUCCGUUCAUCAAGUCUCACGUGCCGCAGAAAUACCGGCAGAUGUUCUCCGUUAUGGUUCGUCAUGAAUUAAUGGACGAACUUCAGUUAAAGGAAGAAAAGAAAAAUUCCAUUAGCCUGUCAGUCACUUUCUAUAUUAAUAUGCUAAAAGCAAAAGCAGAGCAAAAUGAUUUACCAGGCGACGUCAGUGUCAUUCUGAGGAAGGCCUAUAGACACUUAAGUCAUUACAACCACCAGCGCUUUCCUUCCAUCAGAGAAGAAAAAAUGCUUUUGCUUUUUGAACUGGCACGUUUUUCCUUGACCUUGAAAUGCAUGGAGAUCUCCUCUGACUGCCUCUCAGACCUCAAGAAGAUGGAAAGCAAAGAUCCUGGGAAGCUGAUUGAAAUGGAAUGUCUGGAGUGUGAAUCAGAAGCUUUAAGACUUGAAAAUCAGAUGAAAAUGUACAUCCGAGCGGCUGUUGAGGCCCAGCUGGAUAUCAUACAGAGACUAAACGUCGCGCUGCAGCGAGCCGUCCGCCUGGGCGACCCCCGGGUCAUCCACGUGGUGUGCACCACGCAGUGGAACACCUGCCUGCCCCUGCUGCAGCACAACCUGCGGCACCACCUGAGGAAGCCCCUGGCCGGCGUCGCGGACGUGCUGGAGAAGGUGGACAGCCUCAUGACGCUGCUCCGCUGCCAAGUGCACAUGGAGAUGGCGCAGAUCGAGGAGGACGAGGACCGGCUGGAGCCCGCCAUGGAGCACCUCCGGAAAGCCGCGCGCCUGGACAGCCUGGGCCUCUACCAGGACAGGCUCCAGAUGGCCUCUACCCGGCUGCGCCUGUGCACCACACUAUACCAGGCCCCCGAGCGUGCAGAGGACAAGGCCAUCAUGGCCAUCGAGCAGGUGCUGCCCGGGGAGGCAAAAAAAGCUACCCCAAAGGACAGCGUCAGGAAGAAGCGGGCCCUCCUGGUGAACGCAGGCCUGGCCUUAGCCCCCGACACGUUUCAGAUCGUGCUGGACAGUGAGAAUGAGGCCAAAGUCUCCACCGGGAAGAGCAGGGGCCGGUUCACCUACCUUUGUGCAAAGGCACGGCACCACAUCGUCAGCGUGGACAAAGCUGCCGGGCACCUGCGGCGCCUGGGCAACGAAAACAGCAAGGAGAGGAUACAGAUUUGGGCAGAGCUGGCCAAAGUGGCCCGGAAACAAGGCGUGUGGGACGUCUGUCGGACGGCGAGCCGCUUCUGCCUCCUGUAUGACAACGUCAAGGUGAAGAAGUCGAGGCUGCGGAGAGGGAGGAAGAGGCGAGGUAGGGACGGCUCGGUGCAGGACACCUGGAGCCACCCUGAGGUCGUCCUGCAGAGGCAGGUGUGCCCCGACCUGCUGCGGAAGUUUGCGGAGGUGGGGUUCAUCAGUGCUGAGGCCACGGUUCAUUUGCUGCGGUCGGAAGGUGUAGAGCUGAAUGACCGGGCCAUCCCCCCAGAAGACCUGAGCCAGCACCCAGCCGGCUACGUGCCUGAGCCCCCGGAGGCGAAUGCCGAGUGGAUCACAUACAGGUUUGGAGGCAUCGCGGGCAGCAGCACCCUGGUGAUGCUGGCUGCACGGCACUACUGGAACGCCUGGCUCCCACUCCUGUCCUCAGCUGUCCACAGGAAGAAGGCCAAGGGUGCCCUGAAGAGGAUCAUUGGCAUCAUCAACAAGACAGAGGCCAGAAAGCAGGAGAAAGAGAAGACGCUGCUUCUGCACCAGUGGCCCACAGCUGACUUCCAAGGCGGUGGGACGACCGAAGGAUAUUUUCUUCCAGGGGCUGAGGACGACCUGACGCUCCGUGCUGCGCUCUAUGGCCUGCUCUUCCACAGCCACGCCGACCAGGACGACUGGGAGGGUGGCCUCAAGGUGCUGGACGAGGCCGUGCAGGUGCUGCCAAGGACAGCCCACCGCCUCUUGAUCUUCAAGCACAUGGUCAUCGUGAAGGCCAAGCUCGGGCAGAAUUUCUCGAUGGAAAUACAGAAAUUCAAGGCCGAGAGUGAGGACUACUUGGCGCGCAUGUGGCACCGCCUGGCCCUGAACUCGCUGAGCGUGUCUGGAGAGCUGGCCUGCUACAACAGCGCCAUCCAGGCCUUGCAGAAGCCUGAGACGGAGUGGCAGAAGGUGGAGUACCUCAUGGAGUUCGGCCAGUGGCUCCACCACAGACACUUUCCUCUAGAGGACGUGGUCUUCCACCUCCGCUGGGCCGUCGAGAUCCUGCUGGCCAUGAAGCCGCCCAGCGACGCCCCGGAGGCAGAGCCCACGCCGGAUGGGGAGUACAUGGCCAUGCAGAUGCCCCCACAGAGCUCCGUGUCCGAGGCCGGGGAGGUGGUGUCCUUGGAGCAGCUACAUAGUGUGCGGCAGCUGGAGGCGCUGGCCCGUGUGCACAUCCUGCUGGCACUGGUGCUGUCGCCGGGUGCCGAGGGCUACGAGGACUGCUGCCUUGCAGCUUAUGCCUUCUUCAGGCACAUCUGGCAGGUUUCCUUGAUGACAGCAGGAAAAUCAGUUCUAGAAAGCGGACCCCUGGCAGCAACCAGCUCACAUCUGUUAUUGCCUAAAAAAGAGAAGGAGAAUGAGAGGAGUAAAGAGAAGGAGAAGGAGAAGGGAAAGGAGGAGAAAGCCAAGGAGCCCAAGCAGUGCCAAAGCCCAGCUCCUAACAAACAACUGGAAGACUUACCCACGAGCAUAGAAGAGUGGGCUUCCUACUCCUGCCCCGAGGAAGUGCUGUCUGUGCUGAAACAGGACAGAAGUGACUCUACUGUUAACCCCUCAAGUAUCCAGAAGCCGACGUACAGUUUGUAUUUCCUGGACCACCUGGUCAAGGCCCUGCAGAAGAUGUGCCUACACGAACUCACGGUCCCCAUCCUGCAGUUGGGGGUGCUGAUUUCGGACUCCGUGGUGGGAAGCAAGGGCCUGGUGGAUCUCUACCACCUUCGCCUCGCCCACGUGUGCUCCGAGCUGAAGCUGAGCGAAGCAGCUGCGCACCAUGAAGAGGCGGUCGGGCAGGUGUACAUCAGCGAGCUGGAGCAGGCCAGCUGCAGGAAAGAGAUCGCGUUGAAAAAAGAGAAAAAUAAGGAACCUUUAUUAGAAGAAAGCCUGCCAACACUGAGCGAGCAGACACUUCCCAUCCGGCCUGGGGAGAUCAAACCGCUGGAAGCCAAGGACAAGAUUUUGAAGAUGAAUGGGGAGACCGGGAGGGGCCUGGAUGGGACGUCCUUUCCCCUCCUGUGGAUGCUGAAGGCAGAAGUUCUGCUGGAGAUGAACCUGUACCAGCCUGCACGGCUGCUCCUGUCAGAGGCUCAUCUGGCUUUCCAGGAGCUGGAUGAGCCCUGUGCAGAGGCCCAGUGCCUGCUCCUCCUCGCACAGCUGGCCAACAAGGAGAAAAACCAUGGACAAGCCAAGAAAAUGAUCGCACAGGCCCAGCCCCUGGGCGGAAGUGAGGAGUUCUGGUACAGUUCCACUCUGACCCUGGCAGAGGCGCUCUUGUCCAUGGAACACCCAGGAAGAGAAGCUACGGUGUGUCACAUAUUUCAGAAGCUCAUCAAUGCCUUCAAGAUCCUCAAGAAAGAAAGACCAAACCGACUGCCUUUAUUGGAAUUCAUGAUCACAGAUCUAGAAGCCAGGUGCCUGAGCCUGCGGGUCAGAGUUGCGCAGCAGUCGGCGGUCACUGAAGCCACAGAGUGCUCGCUGCUGCUGAAAGACAUGGACGAUAGCCUGCUGGAAAUUGAGAGGAAGUUUAUCGACUGUGGCUACAAAGAGAAUUGUGUUGAUGUAAAACUAGAGCGAGCGAAGAUCAAGAGGUUACGUGCCCAGAACGAGGAAGAUGAAGAACAAAAAACUGCGUAUUACUUGGAAGCAUAUGGCCUGGCCCAGGGCGCCGUGGUUGAGGAGGAAGGGAGGCUCCUCAGUGUCCAGGGCCUAUUGUCACUUCAAGAUUUGCAGAACGUCAACACGCCGCUGAUGAGGAAGCUGGCGCGCCUCAAGCUCAGCCUCGUGGAGAUGGCUCUGGACAUGCUCCAGUUCAUCUGGGAGGAGGCCCGCGGGCAGCAGAGUGGGCAGGGGUCCCUGGAGAAGCUGCUGGCGGACUAUCUGCAGAACACCAGUGACUGCACUUCCGUCGGGCUGCAAUGGUUCACGCUGAAGCGGACUCUGGCACACGAGGCACUGGCGCAGCUGGGGAGCCUGCAGCCGCUGAGUGUGGGCUGUGUGCAGAUCCGCGCCCGGCUCCUGGGCCUGGCCGGGAGGGCCCUCCACCUGCUGGCCAUGCAAGCCGACCCUGUGCGCCCUUCUUGCUACUGGGAGGAGGGCCCCUCGGUGGGCGCCAAGCUGAGCGGCCUCAAGUCUCUGGAGCUGGAGGUCGAGGAAGAGGGUGCCACAAAGUCCAGCAGGGACCCGCUGGCCUCCAGGGCAGCCCCAGAGGAGCACGGCAGGAGAGGCGAGGACCUGAAGGGGAGGAUGGUUCUGGCCCAGCAGUACCUGGCUCAGGCAUCAGAGGUGCUGCUGCAGUGCCUACAGGUGGCCCUUGGCAGUGGCCUCCUGGAUGUCGCAGCAGCCGCCAGCCUGGAGAUGGUGGAAUGCGUCGGCACCCUGGACCCUGCAACCACCUGCCAGUUCCUGGCUCUGUCUCAGAGCUGCUCGGCCUCGGAGACAAUGAGGGAUGUCCUGCUUGCAGCCACGGCCAACACCAGCAGCUCACAGCUGGCGGCCCUGCUGCAGCUACAGCACCGGCUCCGGUGCCAGGACAGGACCACCACCAGCCUGGGUGCCAGUGUGGAGCAGAGGCUGGCUGCCGUGUCCAAGGCUUGGCAAAAUCUCUGCGUCACUGAACAGCACUUUAACCUCUUGAAUGAGAUGCCUCCUACCUUUCGGGUCCUCUUUCUGCACCUCUCACGGGACAGGUCCUGUCUAUACGGUGCUGCCUAUGAGAAACCCAAGUUCAUUACUGCAGCCAAAGGAAAGGUGCAGCCGGUGGGAGGCUUCUGCAAGGUGAUGCGUCUGGCCAUGAGUCCCACCGCCUUCUCCCACCUGCUGGCCUGUGCCCAGCAGUUCCGGAAGCAGACCCAGGCCCAGGUGUACAGCGAGGACAUGGCCCUGAACGCAGGCUCGGAGCCAGAAGGCCUCCAGGUGGAGGAGAAGGAGUGCCCUGUGCAGAGGCUCAGCAGCAUCCUGGGGCCCCUGGAGGAGCUUCUGCAGCCGCUCUUCCCCCUGCUCAGCCUCUCCGAGGCCAGAGUGCAGAUGCCCGUGGUCGUUGCUGAUUCAGGGAAGUCGAAGGGCAAAGACAAGGAGAGGAAAAUGUCCACAGGACAACACAACACAGUCCAGCCCGAGGUUGUGGAUAAGAUCAUCCUGGUCGCAGACAGACCUCUCCUGGAGCUGCCACUGGAAGGCCUCUCUGUGUUUGAUGAAGGCACAAUUUCCUCUGUGUCACGAGAAUUUUCUCUUCAGAUGCUGUGGAAUCGCCUCCAUAAAGAAGAACCAGAAGGUGGCGUGAAAAAGGAGGGGAGAAGCAGAGACCCCAAAAAGAGAAGCCUAGUGAAGAAGGGCAGGAAGGGCAGCGUCCCCCGGACCAUCCCCGCUGACUGCAUCACAGUCGACUCCGACAACUUCAAGUUCAUCGUGGACCCAUACGAGGAGGCCCAGGGCCCAGAAAUGCUGACUCCUGUCUCCGUCACCCAAGACAUUUUGGAAAGAUUCCAAGACACAUUCACUUCGCGAUGGGUGGGACAUCUGGGAAGCAAGCACUUUCCCAGCCAGGCCCAGUGGGAGCAGGCCCUGGGCAGCUGCAACGGCUUCUUCUUCUAUGGGAUGGAGAGCUUCCUGUCCCAUAUAUUAGUGGAGAGAUUGGUCGCCAUGAACUUGCAAGAGUGCCAGGUGGCGGUCCUGCUGGACCUGGCGCGGUCCUACCAGAGCUUGAGGCGGCACAUGGAGACCGUGGAGCACAGGAGCGCCUCCCAGCUGUCCCUGGAGGAGCCCGUCGAGGCGGCCGUCCUGCUGAGCCUGGUGGGUGUCAAGAGCAUCCUGGCAAACCAGUGGCCGACGCUGCUGCAGGACAACGCGCUGCGGGCCAACGUCCUGUGGGAAAAUCUGUUGGCCGUCGGGAAGCCGGUUGGAGAAACGGUGCGCUUCCUUCAGAAGAUGACUGGCGAAGAGGCCGUGAACCAAGACGAGGCUUCUCAGACCUUGAAGGACAAGCUGCCGCUGCUCCAGAGCGCCGAGCUCCUUCCCACCACGCUCAACUUGGUCCUGUACGGGCUGCCGCACCACGCCAUUGGCUAGCACAAGCCUGGACCUGCCUCCCGUCAGCUGCUGUGGCCCUAGCACCUGCCUCUGCCCUUGGCUCUGCCCCUCUGCCAACCCAUCCCCACCUCCUGGCUCCCAUCCCCAGCUCCCAGCUCUCUCUCCCCUUCCUGGGCCUCUCCCCAGCCCUCGGUGCAGCCUCAGCCAGAGAUCCUUCCCCAGUGACUUCCGGCAAAACCGCC